AUGAGAGAUUUUUUACUACUGUUCAAAGAAGAGUUUUAUUCUGAUGUUAAUUAUUACAAGCUAGCUAACAGACUGCAUCAACUUGAAAUAAUAUCAGAGAAAGACAAACUUGCAAUGCAAAAAAAUGAAAAUAAUUCUUUCCUGACCAUGCAGCUUGUCCAGGCUUGCCAUUUACUACAUCUGACGAGUUUCUUCCUCAACAUUUCUUGCUAUCUCCCCAUAGCCCCAUUUCUUGUGUGCAUUACUUUCAUUUAUGAUUACAUAAUUUCUUCUAGUUCCUUUAGAUUCAUGGAAGAUGUUGUACAGACGAGUAUUAAAAAAAUUGCUAAUCAUUAUUUGUUUGACAUUGUUUGUCGAAAAUGUUAUUUAAAAGAUUUAUUAGAUGCUCUCAGUUUUUCUGGCUCAUAUGAGCUGGCUAAAAAAAUGUUAAAAGAAAGAAAGGGUUUGAAAGAAACGGUGAACAAACUGUUAGAACUGCCUGACGAUUUUCAACUUCAAAAUUACCCUGAUAAUUUGACAACACCAAUAAGAAACAAGUUCGCCAACUCAAACGUUACAGAAUUCAAAGCUAACAUAACUAUACACGGAGACGGGAAUACUGUGGUACUCUCUCCCAGUCCGCAAGUUCAAUCUACAGAUUUGUUACUUGAUCAACGAAAACAAGAUGGCUAUAAUGAUGGUCAUGAUAAUAAUGAAUCACUUUAUACUGUAAGAAGCACCGAUAGUGAUAUCGUUGCCUAUCAUUCUACUGACCAGUCUGAUAUAUUGAUGGUAAAUGGUGUCCACGAUGAUUCAAAUGUUCAGGAAGGAGAGGUUUCGAUCGUUACAUCGCGUUCAAUUGGUGGUAACGACAUCACCGCCAAUAGUCAAGCAGCUAACCUACCACAUGAAAUUAUCGAUAGCCAAACACUCGGCAUAUCCUUAAGGUCGUCGUUACAAGUCACAGAUGACAAUCUUUCAUCGGAAGAAACGACUGUUAAAUCUUUUUAUUAA